AUGCCGCCACGACUCCCCGUGUGCGCUCUGCGCGCUCAAUGCUCCCCUUGGAGCGCUUUCCGCGCAUUCUCUUCCUCGCCGGCAGUCGCGUCUCCCCCCCGGGAGCCGCCUCACCCCCAGCCUCACCACCAGACGGCCCGGCCGCCGACGCCCUCGUCUAGCAGCAGUCUUCUCUCCAUCAGCGCCGACCGCCACAAGCGCGCCCCCAGUGUGCGCGCCAUGCGUCCCGGCGAGGCAGCCGCCAAGAUGAUGAACCGCUACACCGACAAGCAAAACCGGAGCAGGCUCGAGUCCGUCGAGGCGCUGAGGAAUUCCAAGAACUCGGCGGAUUACCUGAAGCAGAUGCCGAGGAGGUGGGAUGCGGGCGAUGUGUAUUCGCCGCACGACUUGAGUCCCGUGGAGAUGCAGAAGUGGAGGAAGAGGUCGUUGAGGAGCAAUGAUGUCGUUGAUGCAUUGGGCAUUAGGCCAUUGGACAUGUACAAGAACUUUUCUCUUGUGCAGGAAUUCACCACCUCAUCGGGCCAAAUCAUUCACUCUGCCGGCACGAGCUUGCGGCCCGUCAAUCAGCGCAAGAUUGCCAAGAUGAUUCGUCGUGUUCAGGGCAUGGGCAUUUAUCCCACGAUUCAUGAUCAUCCUGAGAUGAUUCGGGACGACUUCUUCCCUGAGAGGAGAUGA